AUGCAUGACGCUAAUAGCGUAUCGUUAAUAUCCGUUUUGAUUGACGAGCCACCUUACUCAAUGGAAGGAUAUCGGCCCGCUCAGCUUCCUGAAUCAAUAAUGGCAAUUCAUCCAACCUUGAAGUUGUCAACAAAAGAUGGCCUGCGCGACCACAAGAUCGACUGGGAAAAUCCAGAUAUUUCUAAAUUCAAGCCAGAUGCGCGCAUCACCGUCGUCACACAUGGAUGGAAUGACGGGUAUUAUGAAGAAGGACUUCUUGAUUGGCAUCGAGGAGCCUUGAGAAUUAACUACAACAAGGCUGCGGCCAACACUCAAGUAGCCGGCCGCGCUCUUGGUCAUUUCUUCGGUAAACUUCGCGCUGCAGGAUUCAACGAGGAGAACUUUUACUGCGCUGGACACUCGCUCGGGGCACAUGUGUGCGCAUUUGCCGGAAAAUGGACUCAGGAAGAAUUCGGUUUUACAAUCGCCCGUAUCACUGGACUAGAUGCAGCUGGACCACUUUUUGAAAAAGUAGAAGCGCCCGCUCGACUGGAUCAUACGGACGCUCGUUUCGUUGAUCUGAUGCAUACUAAUGGAGCGCAAGUGUCACAUGGUUUGUGCGGGCUCAACGAACCCUUUGGACAUGCUGACUUCUAUCCAAAUGGAGGGAACCAUCAACCGGGAUGUGGCUUCUUCGACUUGUACUGUAGCCAUAUGCGCGCAGUUGACUUGUGGAUUCAUUCGAUUAAAAUGCCAAGUUGUGUCUUUGUUACGGCUUUUCAAGUUGUCAAGAGUAGCACUAUUUGA